CGGUCCCACCCAAAAAGCCGGCGUGGCCUCUCUCAUGCUUCUCUCUGGCAAUGAUUUUACUGUUUCGGUGGCGGAAUGAGAUGCGUAUCUUUGGAGGAAAAAUUACGUCUCGUAAUUAUGAUCGCGCCAGUUUCACGGAGGAUCGACGGAGGAAAUUGAACCGCGUGUUUCUGCACGGUUGUCAUCCGAAAGGGGCCUCUUCGGUCUCAGAGUGAGCUCUUGCACUUGCUGACAGCGUCCCGGUGAUCGUUCGUUCAGCCGAGCGAUCGGUUAGAAAUGGAGAAAAACGACGGUGACAACGGCGAGAGUGCGGCGGAGGUAGUGGUGGAGAACGAGCUUCCCUUCGGCAGCAACGAGAACAUGAUUGCGGUGAUGAACGAGCUCCUGAGGCACGGACGUCAGGAUCUGCCUUUCAACAUGUUCCCCGGCUUGUCCACGACGGAGUGCCAGUCGAAAGUGGAGCAGGCGCUCCGUCUGGCUCAUCUCGACGUCGGGGACAAGCCUACGUUGGUCGACUGGAUACGCAGCGGUUUGUUCGAGGAGAACGAAUGUAACGUACCUCUGGCCUUGUUGUUCAUCGCGCUGUACGAGCAGCAUCCGUUGCUGCACGAGAAGAACGUGGAAUGCGACUACAGAGAAUUGUACCACUUUCUCUAUAAAGUGACGGCGAAUCAGCCGGUGCCGUAUCUCUCGCAUAAGUCCGCGAUCGUCCUACACAAACUGCUAUCGGAAUUAAUAGACGAGGUGUGGCCGAACACGCAACCGGAGCUUCUUCAGUAUCUAAGUAAAAUACAUAUCUACAGCAGAUCGCCAGUUAGAAGAACAUAUUCGCGAAAAAGGACGCUGGACAAGAGCGCAGCGGAAAACCUUUCGCCCUAGAUCUAAGGAUUAUAUUAAUUUUAGAUUUACAAUCUCUCGAAUUCCCUCGAAAGUUCCUCGAUUUUUUUUUUUAGAGCUUUUGGAGUUUGAAUAUUCAUGAAAAUAUUACAAGACUCAAAAAUAAAUAAUUAUAAUUGUUUUAUAUUUAAAA